CUAGAGACGGAUAAAUAGGUCGUUCUGGUCGUCGUGCUUCCUCCUUACUACUUUUCAAGACAUUCAACAAAUUCAUCUGUAGGUAAAAUGGAAAUAGGUGAAGGACCUCCUCCAGACAUUGCAGAUAUUCCAUAUAUUCCAGACAUCCCAUAUAUUCCAGACAUCCCAUAUAUUCCAUAUAUUCCAGACAUUCCAGUUAUCCCAGAUAUUACAAAUAUUCCAGACAUCGCAGAUAUCCCAGCGCCGCCAUAUCCUGGUCCGCCAUUGGACUCAAGUGUGGUCAUCAAUCAACCUACACCUGUUGACCAGAAAUAUCCUCAGCCUGCUCCUCAGCAGUAUCAGCAACCUGAUGACCAGAAAUAUCCCCAGCCUGUUGCUCAGCAGUAUCAGCAACCUGUCGACCAGCAAUAUCCCCAGCCUGAUGCUCAGCAGUAUCAGCAACCUGUUGAUCAGCAAUAUCCCCAGUCCGGUGUCCAGCAGUAUCAGCAACCUGUUGAUCAGCAAUAUCCCCAGUCCGGUGUCCAGCAGUAUCAGCAACCUGUUGAUCAGCAAUAUCCCCAGUCCGGUGUCCAGCAGUAUCAGCAACCUGUUGAUCAGCAAUAUCCCCAGUCCGGUGUCCAGCAGUAUCAGCAACCUGUUGAUCAACAAUAUCCCCAGCCUGUUGCUCAGCAGUAUCAGCAAUAUCCCCAGCCUGUUGGUCAACAGUAUCAACAACCGGUUAACCAGCUUGCUCAACAACAAGCUGUACCGCAAAAUCAGACUACUCAACCUGCAACCCCUGUGGUGGUGGUGCAAGCGAGACCAACUGAGGCUCCUGGAAGCAUGUUGUGUCCACACUGUAAGACCACCGUUGUGAGCACAACCGAAUACAAAUUGGGCAUGCUCACCUGGAUCAUUGUUGGAACACUGUUUAUUAUUGGGUGUUGGCCUUGCUGUUUGAUCCCGUUCUGCGUGGGUGCUUGCAAGGAUGUGCAGCAUUCCUGCCCGCAGUGCAACAACGUUCUGCACGUCUACCGUCGCAUGUGAACCAUAGUGAUUCACAUGCAGUUACUGCAGUUACUGACAUUUUUGCUGAAAAAAUACGUUUAUGAGGUUUUCAUGAACUUUUUUAACAAACUAUUGAUAUUUUACUCUUUAUGGUGUCUCAUUAACGAAUAAUUUUCAAAAUUUUUAACUUAAGAUCGGAAGAAAGUUUUUUCCCCAUUGUGGCCUAAAGAGAAGCUCUGCUCAUCCAAGUUGUGUUUAAUGACCUUAACAUAUACAAAUAUUUUUUGGAAACAUUAGUUAAUGUUUUAAAGUAAUGUAAAAAUAUUUAAAACACAUCUUGAUGAAGGUCAACAUAAUUCUACAUUUUAAUUAACACUAAUAAUUUAAAGUCUUUCUGUAAUCAUUCAACAUUAGAGUAUAUGUUGUUCUGUUACCAUUUCCUUAACAAUUAUUACUCUAAUCUAAUUAUUACUCAGUGAUUUACUUGGAUACUAACUGUUGACAUGAGAAUGUUGUUCUGGUUGCAAAAGUAGAUUUCUCUUACUUUAAAUAGUGCAACAUUUGAUUAUUGUUGUAACGAAUCAUGAAUCAGAACAUAAUAUCUACAAAAAAUAUCCUUCAAAAUAUCUGAAAUGUUUAAUUUGUCUGUUGAUUGAGGUCUUCUUGCACUGUACAAAGUUAUUUAAUUGAGAGCUGCACUGUAAAACUACAAUUCCCAAAGUCUGCGAGAAUUGAUGCUGUCAUUGAAAUAACACUUCUGAAUUUCCUAAAAGAAUUAGGGAGUGUUUUGAUCAGUUCAGUUGGUAGAUAUAUUUAUAUGUGAGGUUUUUUAAAGGUUAUCUCAUUUAUCAUCUUAUAAGCAAUUGUGUUUCUGUAAGCAGAAGAAGAGACAAAACUGUGACAGCCCAAAAUACAGUGUAUCUGGAAAGACA